GCCGGCAAAAGCCGCUCCACCACUAGCUCGCUACCAUCUAUAUAUAUCUACAAAUCUAGAAGGGCAGCAUCUAUAUGUAGCUCAAGGACUGUAGCUAAUCCAUAUUCCGGCAAGAAGUACAGUGAAGAGUCUGCAGGCUGCAGCAAGCUCGUACGGUUGGCGAGGAUCGACCGACCGUACCGGUCGAUCGGCCAUGACGACGUACAGGGUGUGCUGCUUCCUGCGGUGGUUCCGGGCGGCGUCGAACGAGCCGUCGGAGGCUGUCAGGGACGUGUUCCAGGCGUACGCCGACGGCGGCGUGCUCGGGGAGGAGGCACUGCGGAGGUUCCUGCGGGAGGUGCAGGGCGAGGCUGCGGCCGACGAGGCGACGAAGGAGGUGAUGGCCUUCGUGGUGGAGCAGAGGCUGCUCAAGAAGAGCGGCCUCACCGCCGAGGGCUUCCACCGCUGGCUCUGCAGCGACGCCAACGCCGCGCUCGACCCGCGCCGAGGGGUUUACCAGGAGAUGGGUCUGCCGCUGUCGCACUACUUUAUCUACACGGGUCACAACUCGUACCUGACGGGGAACCAGCUGAGCAGCGGCUGCAGCGAGGCGCCCAUCGUGAAGGCCCUCCACGACGGCGUCAGGGUCAUCGAGCUCGACCUCUGGCCAAACGCGGCCAAGGACGACGUCGAGGUCCUCCACGGCAAGACAUUGACGUCGCCCGUGGAGCUGAUCAAAUGCCUCGAGGCUAUCAAGGAGCACGCCUUCGCGUCAUCCCCCUACCCCGUCAUCCUCACCUUGGAAGAUCACCUCACCCCAGACCUCCGAGCCAAAGUAGCCAAGAUGGUGAAGGAAACGUUCGGGGACAUGCUGUACAUCUCGGAGUCGGAGCACAUGGCCGAGUUCCCUUCCCCUGACGAUCUCAAGGGCAAGAUCAUCAUAUCGACGAAGCCGCCAAAGGAGUACCUUCAGACCAAGAGCGACAAGGAGGAGAUCUCCGAGGACAAGGCGGAGGGGGGCGUCUGGGGGGAGGAGAUCUCCGACGACAAGACCACUGCUCGUCAGAUGUCGGAGCAGUACAGUGAGAAGUACGGGGAGGAGGCUGAGGAGGAGCAGGAAGGGGAGGCCGAGAAGAAGGCGCAGCACGGGACCGACGAUGAGUACAAACGCCUUAUCGCGAUCCAGCUCACGAGGAGGAAGCACGACAUGGAUAAGGAUCUCGAGGUUGAUCCCGACAAGGUGACACGGCUGAGCCUGGGCGAGAAGGCGUACGAGAAGGCCACCGUCUCUCACGGAGCUGACAUUAUCAGGUUUACGCAGAGAAACCUGCUGAGGAUAUUCCCACGGUCGACACGCAUCACGUCCUCGAAUUACAAUCCGUUGAUGGGUUGGAGCUACGGAGUUCAGAUGGUAGCGGCAAACAUGCAGGGACAUGGAAGGAAACUAUGGCUAACCCAAGGGAUGUUCCGAGCAAACGGGGGUUGUGGCUACGUGAAAAAGCCCGAUAUCCUUAUGAACAGCGAACCUGAUAAAUUGUUUGAUCCCAGAGCCGAUUUACCAGUGAAGACAAGACUGAAGGUGACGGUGUACAUGGGGGACGGCUGGCGAUUUGACUUCCGCAAGACACAUUUCGACAAGUGCUCGCCCCCAGACUUCUAUGCAAGGGUGGGGAUAGCAGGAGUUGCCGGAGACACGAGGAUCGAGCAGACUCGGGUGAUGAUGGACAACUGGAUCCCGAUGUGGGAUCACGAGUUCGAGUUCCCGCUGGCGGCGCCGGAGCUGGCCCUGCUCCGCGUGGAGGUGCACGAGUCCGACAACCACCAGAAGGACGACUUCGGCGGGCAGACCUGCCUGCCGGUGUGGGAGCUCCGGCCGGGGAUGCGCUCCGUCAGGCUCUGCGACCACAAGGGCCAGCCGCUGCGAUCCGUCAAGCUGCUCAUGCGCUUCGAGUUCUUCCCCUCCGCUUAAUAAGUUUCAUGGUGUUCUGGUGCGUAAAUUCAGAGUUUUUUUUUGUUUGCUAUUUCUGUUGUUAUUGUGCACGCGCUGUAUGACACGACUACGAGACUGUAAUUGAGAGUGCGGUUGUUCUUGUGAUUGGGGUUGAUAAAUGAGUCAACAAAAGAUUGAUCUUGUCACUGGAUGUUGAUAAAUACUCGUGUUAAUAAAAAAGGUCAAAUGUUAUUCAA